CUAUUUUCUUAUUCCAGAUACGCAUUUCUCGUCCUCCCACCCUCUCGAUCCGUCGCUUUGUGUUCAGCCCCGCCCCGGCCACCCCUCCAGCAUGUCCCUGAAGGUCCAGACGAGCAACGUGACCAACAAGACCGACCCCAAGUCCAUCAACUCCCGGGUGUUCAUCGGCAACCUGAACACGGCGGUGGUGAAGAAGUCGGACGUGGAGAGCAUCUUCUCCAAGUACGGGCGCGUGCUGGGUUGCUCCGUGCACAAGGGCUACGCCUUCGUCCAGUAUGCCAGCGAGCGGUACGCCCGGGGGGCCGUGAUCGGGGAGAACGGCCGGGUGCUGGCCGGACAAACACUGGACAUUAACAUGGCGGGAGAACCGCGGCCAAACAGACCCAAAGGCCUGAAGAGAUCGGCUGCUUCCCUCUACAGUGGCUACGAGUUCGACUACGAUUACUACAGAGAAGACUUCUAUGACAGGUUGUUUGAGUAUCGGGGCAGGGUGUCUCCGGUCCCGCGGGUGGUGCCGGUCAAACGCCCCCGGCUGGCCGUGCCCCUGGUCCGACGGUUCAUAGCAAACCCCAUUGGACAGACCUACAAAGGAACAGUAAGAGGCACCGAACUCCAGGCCAUCAAGUCCGAGUUGACCCAGAUUAAGACCAACAUCGAGGCGCUGCUCUGCAGACUGGAGCAGAUCACAGAGGACCCGCGCAUCCCCAGCACAGAUGUGAUUAAGGCCGAGGAGUGUCAGAGCGAGGAGGCGUGGCAGGAAGGGGAGGGGUCCAGUUCGGAGCUGGAGGACGAGGACGACCGGAGACGGGACAGCGAAGUGGACGAGGAAGAGGAGGAAGAAGAGGAGGAGGAGGAGGAAGGAGAGCACAGGCAGGACGACAGCCACAACCACAUGGGUCAAGACGGCCAAGAUAAUGGAAAAGAGAAGAAUGUUUUGGGCGCAUCCUCACCAUGA